AUGGGAAACAAUAUUGAAUAAUUUACUUAUACUAUACUUAAAAUAGCAGUUAUCAAAGAGAUAAAUGUCACAAGUAAAUUUGCAAAGAAAAAUAAUUUGUUGAUUACUUUGCUAUAGUAAAAAUUAUAAUUGAUGUAAUUAAGAUUGUUAAAGAUCGAAUAAGAAAAAGUAAAUAAGCAGUAGAAGUUAUUACCAACAAAACUUAAAGAAAAUAUAGAGGCUAAAAUAAAAAGAGGUUUAAGCUAAUCCCAAGAAUUUCCUAUUUUAGAUAAGUAAUCAGACUUAUUGUAGUUGUAAUCAUUGUUACAUUAAAUAGCACAGAAUUAUGAUAGUACUGCUGUUAGUACUAUGUUUAGUAUGCUAAAUAUAUUCAUUUAGCUAGCAGAGAUAAUAUAAAAAGGAAUAAUAUCAAGUGAAUUGAAACAUAUUCAAGAAAACUGCAAUUAUGAUCAAUUUACUUCUACUUCUCAAUAAAUUUAGGAGAGAAAAUAGCUGUAAAAUGUAUUGCGUGCUCUAACAAAAUAGUAAGACAAGCCUAUGCUAAUGACCUUCUUGACUCUUUGA